AUGGUUUUACUUGUUUCACUGCUCCUUGGCAUCCAGGUGCUUUGCUUUGGUGCCUCUCCUGCCAGAGCUUCCCCCACCUGUGAUGACACUGCAAUAGAGAAGGCUGCAGAUCUGGCUCUUUGCCAGCUCAAUGUUGACCAAAAAGAGGCUGACAUACUCAAGCUCUGCUGAAUUUUCAGUGUCCAAGACCAUCCUCAGGAGAUCACUGGUUUUGUCUUCCAUAUCAUCUUGGAUGCAGCAGAUACAGAAUGCCAUGUCAGCAGAAAGUUAUGGAAGGACUGUAAGGCCAGAUUACCUCAUUCAAUUGUUUAUGGUAAAUGCAAAGCAAUUAUCUACAUUAAUCAGGCAAGAAAUAUUGCUCAUCUGAAUAUUUAUGGGUUCACUUUACAACCAGGAAUUUCCACCAGGUAUUUUUGAACAGUAUGUCCUGGCUGCCCAGUUGUUUACUGUCUCCCUGAGCCAAAAUAUUUGGAGGCUGCUGUUCAAAGGCUUGCCAAAUUCAAUGAAAAGAGUGAACAAAUGUAUCAUAUCUCUGUCCUCAAUGUCACAAGAGCUCCAAAGCAGUAGGUCGUUGGUCCUGCAUAUUUUGUAGAGUUUUUAAUUCAGGAAACAUCCUGCUCCAAAAAUGACACAAUUGCUGACAUUUCCAAGUGUAAGCCACUUUCAUCACAACUAGCGCAAAUAGGUUUCUGCAAAGGCUCUUUAGUAAACAGUCACUUGGAACAUCAAUAGUUCAUCACAAUAUCCUGUGAAAUCUACAGUCUGCAGGAUCCUGCCACUGAAGACCAAGCUAAUCAGUCACUUGGAGAAUCCAGACAGAAUCAUCAACAAGCUUCCCCUUCAGAAAUGUAUCUUUUCUACCCACAUCUAGAAAAACUGGGAUGGGUUAAUAUUCUAGCCCCUUCAGAUGACAUCUCCUUCCAAAACCCACCAGAAAGUCAAAAUGAAACUAAAGAUGGAAAGCCAAUUCCACCUGAGACUGUAGGAUGUAUGCCCAGUCUGCAUGGAGAACAGACAGACAAACCAGGCUUGACCAAACCAGUCACCAGACCAGUUACUCUCCCUUUUCCUGAAGAACUUUCUCUAUCAGACUCAUGCCCAGAAAAGGCAAAGGAGACAAGUUCCAUUCUCUAGCUGUUGCUGCCUAAAAAGCUUAGCCAAGUCUAA